AUGGGCCAUGAAGCUUCAGGAAUUGUUGACCACGUGGGCUCCGGUGUAUCAAGUUUGGAAGCAGGUGACAGAGUCGCAAUUGAGCCUGGAUAUCCCUGUCGAAGAUGCAACACCUGUAAACGAGGUCAAUAUAAUUUGUGUCCUGGCAUGAAAUUCGCAGCCUGUCCCCCGGACGAUCAUGGGACUUUGACAAGACUGUUCAAGGUACCGGAAGACUUUUGCUACAAGCUCCCAGACAACAUUGGCCUUGAAGAAGGCGUGAUGGUCGAACCUCUCUCAGUUGCUGUUCAUGCAGCGAGGGUGGGCAAGAUCCAGCACGGCGACACCGUUGUCAUUCUUGGAUCUGGUACCAUCGGUUUGCUUUCCGCCGCAGUAGCAAGGACAUUUGGCGCGAAGAAAGUCGUAGCGGUUGAUAUACUGGAGCACAAGCUGCAGUUUGCUCAGAGGUGGAACGGUUCUAACACUUUCAUGCCAGACCCUAGGAGCUCUCCGGCGAGCAAUGCCCACCGACUUGUGAAGGAUAAUGAGCUUGUUCUUGGUGCUGACGUGGUAGUUGAAGCCUCAGGAGCGGCAAGCUCAAUCAAUCUUGGCGUCCAUACACUUCGACCAGGGGGUUCUUUCGUUCAGGUAGGCGUGGUUGGUGCCAACGUCGAGUUCCCUAUUCAACAGGUUGCCGAGAGGGAGUUGCACAUACUUGGAUCGUACCGAUAUGGAGCCGGCGACUUCCAGACAGCGUUAGAAAUGCUAUCGACUAAACAAAUCAUCGUUAAGGACUUGAUAAGUUCAACUGUGCCUUUUGAGGAAGCAACAGUGGCUUGGGAGAUGACCAAAAGAGGCCAGGGAAUCAAGAAUCUCAUCCGGGGAGCUGCUCUGUAG